AUGAUUGAUAAUUAUAAUAUUGAAUAAGGAGAUUAAUCUUAAUACUUGAGAAAUUGUGAUAGUUCAAAUGGAUAUGAAAUCAAUGGAUAAAUUCAAUAAGAUCAUUUUUUUUCAUUAUAUAAUAAAGCUAUAGAAAAAUAACAAAAAAUUAAUCAAAAAUAAGAAGAGAAGAAUGAAGAAAUCAAAUAAUAAUCUAAUAAAAUAAAGAUUGAUUAUAAUUCAUAAAAGAUCUUGUUAAAGAAAUUAGAAACACAUAUUAAUACAAUACUUAAUCGACAUUAGAUCGAUGAAUAAUUGGAUUAUGAAAGAUUUUGCAACGUAUUAGUUGAUUUAGGAAUAUCUACAAAAAAUGAUCAUAUGUCAAUAGAUUUAUGGAAAUUAUUAACUUUAGGAUUAGAUUUAGAUAGUGUAUUUGUUGGAUUUUUAUUUAAUAUUCUAGUAAUAUUAUUGGAAAAAUAAUUAAUAUAAAGUUAAUCCAUUAUAUUAUUAACAGAUGUUAUUAAUGUUGAGUUAGAGGAUUAGGAUAUACCAAGAUAAGUGAUAAAUUUUGAAGAAUUAGAAGAAUUGAUGUUUAGAUUGACUAAUAAAUUCAAAUUAUUAAAUGUUAAAUUUAUUGAUGGAUCUAGAGGAUAAUCAUCUUAAAAAAAAGAGAAUUAACUUUGCAAUAAUAUUUAAACUAAUGUAAAAAAAAGACAAAUACAGGAUACUCAAAUUACAGAUACAAUAAAUAGAUUUGAAAUACUUUAUGAGCAUUCUAAAGUAUUAUAAGAAAAGAAAAGGAAAUUAGAAUCAUAUAUAUAAGAUGAUCCAGAGUGUCUAUUUAAACCUUAAUUAACUUCAAAUUAAACAAAAAGAUUAGAUAAUGUAAGUACAUUUAAUAGAUUGUAUCAAAAUGCAGAAUCUAUGAAAAUACAUAAACAAAAAUUAAAAGAAAAUUUGAAUAGAUAAAGGGAAGAAGAGGAAUUGAUGGAAUGUACUUUCAAACCAAAGUUAACAAAUAAAUAAAGAUAUUCAUUUAAACCUGUUAGAGGUGAGUCUGCAAUAAUAGAAAGAAUGAAUAAGGCAAGGUAAAUGAAAUAUGAGAAAGAAAAUUUCUAUGAUAUGGAAUAAACAAAUAUUCAAAAUAGACCUCAUUAAACAGUUCCAGAACCUUUUGAUUUGAGUAAAAGAAUAUCUAAUUCUAAGAGUAUGUUAUUGAAUGUUGAAAUAAGAAUCUCAAAAAAUAGAAAGGCAAAAAUUUGUAUUAGAGAAGGAGAUGAUAUAGAAUAAGUAAUUAAAGGAUUUGCUAAGGCUCAUCAAUUAAAUUAAGAUUAGCAAAAUGUAUUAAAAGAAAAUAUAGAAUAAUACAUUAAUUGA